CUGCCGGGAAUUUAAAAUAAAAUACUGCGACACAUGACAUUUCAAAUGAAUGAAUGAAUAAAUCAGUUUAGUAAUAUUUGCAUAGAAGAGGCACAGAAGAAAACUGCAGGUUCCAUGAAGCAUGGCAGCGUGGAAAUUUCCAUCAUUAUUACCUGGUUCCCUAUAAAACUCAGUCAUGCUCUCUUCUAAAGUCAUUUUUUAUCUGUCCAGUCACAAUCUCUGCUGGCUAAGAACUUCUAUCAUUCCUCAACUUGCUCAGAAAGGACUCGAGCUGAGACAUUUAGCACGCCACUAGCUAGGACUUAUUGAAAAUGUUGGAAUUUGUUAAAGGCAGCUAAAACACAUAAAUAUUAAAUAAACAAUAUUAGAUGGUUUUCCCAAAAAAAAUCCCUUCCUUAUCUAAACACACAAAGCUGUCCACAUACAGAAACAAAAGUUCCAGUUUCUCCCAUGGAUAGGAGAAAUGAUUCUGGUUACCAAGAAUGUUCAAUGACUGCUCAACCCAAAAUAAAAAAUAGUUUUUCUUCCUCUGUAGUGGUAUUUAUCAGUCUAGAUUGUUUGGUGUGACUUGCUGAGUGUUGGAGAUAUCGGCUGUAGAGAUGUCUGCCUUCUCUUGAAUGUAAUGGAACUAGAUGGCACUCAGCUUGUGGUGCUCAGAGCGCCAAACAAAAUACAUUUGAAAAACUCAACAGCACUGUCUCUUUCCAGAAAUCAUGACCUGGUUAUUCAAGAUAAUCCAUUGAGCUUUUUAGGAACUAUUUUCUUUCUACCAAACUACACCCACUAACUGUUUCACUACGCAGAAGGAGACGUGCAUCUGCUCAUGGAUGAGAUGCUCAUGCUCUUGACAGCGUUAGAUGAAAACACUGAUGCCAUCUUCCUCGGCUGAGCUGUAACAUUUGCUCAGUAGUGCUAGGUGAGCUAGCAGUAGAUGCACACUGUUGGCGGGCAAGCAGCUGUGUCAGCUUCCAUCCUGCUGGUCUUGAUCAAAGUGUCAGCAGUCUUUAAACAGCCAGCCAUGACCCGGGUGGACAAAAACCUGCUGAAGAAUCAUCAUAAGCAAAAUUGAGACCCAUCUCCUCCAGUUUCCUGGCAGUGACAUUUACAGGAAAGCUCAAGCCAAAUGUGAGACCAGAGGUUUAAAUUACAGUACUAUACGCUAAUAUAUUAAUUAAAAUACUGCAUCUGAAGAACAUUUUCGUAGUGAAUUUCUAUUAUCGUUAUAAUCAUGAAUGUUGUGUCCAGCAGCACUAUAGACUGCUGGGCAACCAACAAUAAAAGAGAACCUGCAAAAAACAGGCUGCAUACACACCAACCUCAUAAAACACAAAAGAUCUCAAUCAAGCACUGGCAUAUGUCAUACUGAAAGAUAUGAUGCUAUUUUGAAUAGUUGAAAUGCUUUUUAACAUGUGUGUCCUGUUUGUGAUGUAAUGAAAUAUUUUUUUCUGAAUAAAAUUAGAGUUAAAGUGAUUCCAAUAUGGUUUCAUGACAUUUUAAGAUGUAAGCAAAAUUUGAUGAUUAUCAAGAUGAUAUCAUGAAUUGCGAUUAUUUUGGCCAGGAUAACUAUGACCUGAAAUUUUAGUAUUGACCCAUGCCAACAACAGACUGUUUGUACUCUGAGUGAAUCCGACAUUUCAGAGUGAAUUGUGUCUCCAACAACUGGCUGCAUUUGGGCAAAAGUAAGUAUUACAGUGUGAUUUUGACAUGAUUUGUCUAUGGCCAUAUUAGUAACAGUACAGUAGUACUUGCUUUUUUAUAUCUUAUUAUUAUGUGUGUAAUAAUUUUACUGGUAGGCAUGAGUCAUUUUCAGGACUCAUGAGCUUGUAGAUAGGUUUUCAACGAGAACAACCCUGUGGCCACUUUUUAGUGGACAAGGGAAGUGAUAUUGUUUAGUAUAUGUCCUACCACCGUCCUAGAUAUGAUUGAAAAUAGUUGAUCGAUGACUGAUUGAUUCAACCCUACCAAGUAAAGCAACUGCUUUCCAUUGUGCCAUGCCAUCUUGCUUAUAGAGAGGAGUUGUGCAACUUGUUUGAUUGAGAUGGAGUCACUGAAGCUCAAACUAGUCUACAGUUUGUGCAAUCUUAGAAUUAGAGAUUAUUGAUUUGUGCACUCAUUUUUUUACCAGUCUUGCAUGAAUUCAAAUCUGCAAGAAAGUUCAAAAUUCUAAUUCACAUCUGACACAAAAGAACAUCUUUGGGGCGACAGUAGCUCAGUCCAUCGGGACCUGGGUUGGGAACUAGAGUAUCACUGGCUCACGCCCCCAUCUGGAGCAAGUACGGAGCAUGGGCUGGUAGCUCAACAGGUGCCAUUUCACCUCCUGGGCACUGCUGAGGUGUCCUUGAGCAAGGCACAGAACCCCCAACUGCUUGGGGCACCCCUCCAUGGACCUCUCAUUCUGACAUCUCUCCAUUUAAUGCAUGUUUAGGUCCUGUUUGUGCAUGUGUGUGCAUUUUGGACCUGUGUGUAUAUGACAACACAGUGAAAAAGUUGAAUUUUCCCCCAGGAUUGACAAAGUAUUUAUUUUCUUCUUCUUCUAAGAGGAACUCUCCGUGUGAAUAUGCAAAAUAUACAGAGCAACAUGCUGUAGGUAGUGAGAAAAACAGAAGAAAAACUGAUGAACAGAUAACCAAGCAGAACUUUUGUCUUUAUUAUCUUUGUGUGUUUGCUUGUGUGCUAAAUGUGCCGAAUUUCAACAUUUAAAAUCCUUUGUGUCCACAAAUAGUCACUCUUUCCUCUGACUCAAACCUACUCCUGCAGAGAAAUGUAAGCGGCAAGGGUGGCUUAGAACAGCAGCCAAUAGGAACUUCCCAAUGAUGUCAUUUUGAGGGACUUGCAAAUAUCACAGUGCUCACAUAAAUCACAUAGGAUCAAGCAUUAAAGGAACAAAAGGGAUAUAGGUCAUCUAGUUUCUGUGUUUCCCAAACUCUUUGCACCCAUUUCUCUACAUAUGUGGUUGAUACUUCAUUAUAGUGCAAUCCAAAACAACACCAUGGCAAGCUAGAAAUUAAAAUCAGAGAUGAGUCAACAUCUCUCUGACAAUUGCUGGCCCCCCAACUGGACCCCUCUGGCGAAAGUAAUUGGAGGCCAACAUGAGGCCGUGGCGUGCUUAUGUUCAUUUUUUAAGUGAGGGUGAAGGUUGAUAGUUGGGGGGGGCUAAACAAUGCUCCAAAUUUAGGCUUAAUUUUCUUGAAGUAACAACAGGUAUGGUCAAAUGUGACCCUUGCACUCCCACCUUAAGAUAUCUGAAUGGAAAUGGGCUCUGUGGGUACCCACCAGUCUCAGCAAAUGAUUUGUUGCUUGUUCUCCUUCAAAUUAAAGCUCUAUAUUGGAAUCACCUAACAUGUAGAUAAAUUACACAUUAAAACAUGACUGUUGUGGAACUUAAAAUGUUAACUGAACUGCUAUUAGUCUGUGCACAUCAGAUAAUUAGUAAUAUUAACUGCAGGAUAAGAAAUCAAAGUAUAUGAGUAUGUGAUUCCUCCACUCACAUAUUGACACAGUUUUCAAUCAGCCUAUUAACUUUUACAGCAUAAUAGAAUUCCUAUAAUUUGGUUAUGGCUUGUGGAUUUGAUCUGGUGUGCCACCUCAAGAUCUUUAGUGGCCCCAUCUGGCCACCUCAAUGAAAAAUUUCUUGGGGAGCCGCUGCACAACAGGCUUCACAAAGGUAGUGUUGCAGCAGUGUUACAGUAUUUGGGGUCACAGAGUUUAUACUUAAUGGGCUGAUGUUUGAAACCACCAGCAACGUAUCACCACUAGGCGGCAGGACAAGCCAGCAGAUUCUGGUGUUUCCACUGUAUUGUCUUCAUCACUCUCUUCCUCUGCAGAGAGAGAGACAGAGAGAGAGAGAGAGAGAGAGAGAGAGAGCUGCAAAAAACAAAGAGAGUUUUGCAAAGACUCUUAAGACAUCCAGUGUCUGAGGAUCUCUCUGUUGCAUGGUCUUGUCAUUAACAAAAAGCAGCAAGAGUGGGAGGUUGUGGAGCUCUUCUCAUCUUUUGUGCAUGCUGUGUCGGAGCCAGUGAUGAGAGGGUCCCAACAACAGUGAGAGCCACAACACUCAUGCUUUCUCUCUCUCCCCUCCACUUCUUAGUGACACUCACUGCUCUCCUUUGGAUUAUUGCUUUUUUUAUGCUGGAGACGUCCGUGGAGGAUUGAAAGAAGAAUCAGCAAGGAGGAUUAACUUUGCAACUUCUUUAAACCAACUUUUUCUUUACUGAAGUUGGUUUUAUGAGAUUUUCUGCAGCCUUCAGAAUAAUGCCUUUGUGCUGGAGCAGAAGCUCCUGGUUUCCAGUGGUGUUUGGUGCUGCGCUGGUUGUUCUCACUGCUGGCAAUGCUGGACCGAACCAGGACAGGAGGCAGGCUGGGUCAUCCUCAUGCUUUGGAGGCUUUGAUCUCUACUUUGUUUUGGACAAAUCUGGGAGUGUGCAGAAUCACUGGACAGAAAUCUACAACUUUGUUGAACAUCUAGCUCAUAAAUUCCUUAGUCCACAGUUGCGGAUGUCCUUCAUUGUGUUCUCCACUGAGGGAAGGAUCUUGAUGAGCCUGACAGAAGACAGGGAACGCAUUCGUAAAGGUCUAGAGGAGCUCCAGAGGGUUCUUCCAGGGGGAGACACCUUCAUGCAUGAGGGCAUACUGAGGGCCAGUGAGCAAAUAUAUUACGGAAACACUGAAGGUGUUCGCACUGCCAGUGUUAUCAUAGCUCUGACAGAUGGAGAGCUGCACGAGGAUCUUUUCUACUAUGCUGAGAGAGAGGCCAACCGCUCCAGAAGUCUUGGUGCCUCUGUUUACUGCGUGGGGGUGAAGGACUUCAAUGAGACACAGCUGGCAAAGAUAGCUGAUAGUAAGGACCAUGUCUUCCCCGUAAACGAUGGAUUUGAGGCCUUGCAAGGGGUCAUCGACUCGAUCCUGAAGAGGUCCUGUAUCGAGAUCCUGGCAGCAGAGCCCUCUAGCAUCUGUGCCGGAGAGUCCUUCCAAGUGGUGGUGAGGGGGAAUGGAUUCCUCCACGCGCGCAACGUCGAUAAAGUCUUGUGCAGCUUCCGCAUCAACGACACCCUCACUAAGAUGGUGAAGCCUUUGGUUGUAGAGGAUACAUAUCUCCUCUGCCCUGCACCAGUGCUUCAAGAGGAGGGGAUGGCAGCAAACCUUUAUGUCAGUAUGAACGAAGGUCUCAGUUUCAUCUCCAGUUCGGUCACCAUUACCACUGUUGGCUGUUCUGAUGGGACCAUCCUGGCCAUAGCUCUGCUCAUCCUGAUGCUGCUCCUGGUCUUGGCUCUCCUCUGGUGGUUCUGGCCUCUCUGCUGCACUGUGAUCAUCCACGAACCCCCACCACCAGCUGUGGAGGAGAGUUCGGAUGAUGAAGACUUUGAAACCCCUAAGAAGAAAUGGCCGACUGUCGACGCCUCCUACUAUGGAGGAAGAGGAGUUGGGGGAAUCAAAAGGAUGGAGGUCCGCUGGGGUGAGAAAGGCUCCACUGAAGAAGGAGCCAAGCUGGAAAAGGCCAAAAAUGCCAAAGUGAAGAUGCCCGAGCAGGAGUAUGAGGCGGGCCCCACACGGGUUCUUAACAAUGGCAUGCACAAACCCCCGGGGCCACGCAAGUGGUACUCACCCAUCAAGAGCAAACUGGAUGCAUUGUGGGUACUUUUAAGAAAAGGCUACGACCGUGUGUCCGUGAUGAGACCACAUCCUGGUGACAAGGGCCGAUGCAUGAACUUCACCCGCACAAAGUCUCCCUCUCCUCGCUACCCAAACUACAACAACCAGCAAUCUCCCAUCUACAACCCUCCCGUCAGGAGCCCGCCGGCGCCGCAGGGCACCCUACCACCGAGCCCCAACAGCCCUCCAUCAUCUCCAUCAUUCUCCUUCUCCACCUUUCCCCUGCUGCCUCCAACGCCUCCUCCCACCUCCAACACUCCCUCCCCUCCCAUCACGCCUCCCCCUUACACACCACCUCCCACCCGGGCCCUUCCUCCAACAGCCCUGCACAUACCUGCCCCGCCAGCGCUCCCACCUACUCCUCCACCCUCUGCCUCCCCGACUGGGUCCCUGCCUCCUCUUCCGCAGGGACCUCCUCCAGGACGGGCCCCUCCACCUGCUCGCCCACCGCCUCGCCCUGGCCUGUAGAGCUCCGGGCACAGAUGGGAGAGAGUUUACCAGGAUUUAAAAAGGCAACUCAGAGUCCCACCAACAAUCAGCACAUGACCAUCAUUGAUUGUACCUGCGAGGACAUGCGAGUGCCGCAUGCCACCCUCAGUGGGCUGUGGCUUUUCUGCCUUGUGAAGUGGAGCAGAGAGGACUUGUUUUUUGCUAUUUGUCUACAGUGACUUUGGUACACAUUUAGCCCAACAGUGCAAUUGCUCUGAUGCUUGAAUUACACAGACAUUCCCUACAAAUGAGGUCAUGCGGGCCGGCUCAAAAACAUUUGCCUCCAUGGUCCUCAGAGCUGCUGCAGGCCCAGUUGUCCCCUCCACGAGCACACAAGAUUGGACGAAUCCUGACCGAGCAGAGGAAAAACAGCUUGUUCUGAUGCCUUUGUAUAAGGAGCACAGUCAAAAUGAUCAUGACACUAAAAUAUGUCUGAGUAACAUUCCUAUCUUCCCUGAUAAGAGAUAAAAGACUCAUAUUGCAAAUGUUCCACACGGGAUGUUUUAGAAGAAUCUGAAAAAAAUCCCUGUUUUUGUACUCUUGAAUGUUGAGCAAUUGCAUGCAAUAGUGUUUGAGUUGUUCUUUUUCUAACAUUUCUACCUUGUUUUAUACAACAUAAAUGCAUUUUUUAUUUGUACUUUUAUUGUCGAGUAGACCACAUUUUUCAUUGUUGAGGUUAGACAAACAAUGAUUGCUGAUAAACACAUGUACAGUAUGUGUAUUUAAACAGCAACGCUACGUAUCUGAACUUGUUCCUGCAACUUUUGACUUCCGUGACAUGUAUUAAACCGGCCUAAUGUGAGUCACAGCUGGCCUAUUUUUUGUGCACAUCAGAGUAAACAGUGAAUUUAGACAUAGUCACCAAACAUUACUAUGACAGACCUGGCCGAGAUGACUGCAAUCACUGCAUACACUGUCUAUCAGUAUGUGAACAAAAAGUAUGUCAGAGUCAGGGAAAAGCUUUGCACAUCAUCUUGCUCAUCCACCCACAGCCUCCAGCAAAAGUUGUUUUUAUGAAGUAUUUUGAUAUAACCAUUUGUGUCAGAUAUCUGGGUGUGUGUGUAUGCCAAAAAGGAAAAGACUAGUCGACUAUACGUAUUCAUGACAGCCAGUUUAAUCAACUGAAACAAAAUAAUCCAGUUCUUUUUUUUGCACAUGGUGCUUUCAAUUAAAGCAUUCUGUUUCAUGGGUCAAACAAAGUUCAGCAUAGAUUGAAUUAGAGGUUAAUAUGCAGCUGCUCUUUGAUGGUGAUCAGAGGAGUCUCUGCAGAAAGCAAUUAAGAUUGCAGACUCAUCUUUAGCAAUCUCUAGCGAUUCACUCAAUGUCUUAUAUAAAUGUCAUGGCAAAACUGAAAAGACCUUAUGUAACUUUCCACCAAUACAGUACACUGUGUACAC